CGAACUUUUGUGAUUGUUUACUAAGAUGUAUUUUAGAGAAAAACAGCGGGAAAAUAAUAUAAAAGUGUUUUAUGAAAUCUUAUCUUUUAUUAAAAGUAUAGAAAUUUCUGAAGAAGUGCAUAUGUGCAGAAACACACAUCGUAACAUUAAAUAUUGAAGGCUUUUUAUAGAAAAAAAUAAUCAAAUGGCUGAACGAUUAGAAGAUUUAAAUCUUCCUAAUGCAGUUGUUACUAGGAUUAUAAAGGAAGCUUUGCCUGAUGGAGUUACUAUAGGAAAAGAUGCAAGAACGGCUAUUGCUAAAGCUUCAUCAAUUUUUAUUUUAUAUUUAACGUCAUCGGCCAACAUAAUAGCUAGAAAAUCAAGUCAUAAAACUAUUAGUGGGGCAGAUGUUUUACAAGCAAUGGCAGAUAUAGAAUUUGAUCAGUUUGUAGAUCCUUUGCAGGAAUCUUUAGAAAAUUUUAAAAGAACUCAAAAAGAAAAGAAAGAUGCUACUAAGAAAAAGCAAUCAAAGAAAGAGGAAGAUGAAGUAAUUGAAGACGAAGAUGCUGGAAAGGAUAAUUUAUAACAUUGUUGAGAAAUAUAAUGGUUUUGUAUAAAUAUUUCUUGAUAAUAUAAAGUCGAACGAGAAAAGUACA